AUGGACUUUACGCCCCAAGACUUCGUUCACUAUCUCCUUGCCGCUGCAGGAGCCUUCGCAAAUGACCAGCUCGGGGUUUUCCUAGUAUCAGAGGAAGACAGUGAUUUGGUCGAAAAGCUCUGGACGGGGACUGAGAUCGCAGAUCAAGUGUUUGUUGCGAGUGAUGUGCGGAAAGAUACACCAGCUCUGUACCUUUUGGGUGAAGAGGAGCGAAACAUUUUCUUCGUCGGCAAGGAGAACGUCCUUCAAUGGUAUCGAUACGACCCAGACGAAGAGGAAUGGAGCGAGGUUGAGUAUAAUGGUAAAGGAGAGUUGACCGUUCACCCAUCGGGCCGAAUAAGUGGUUGCCUCAGCCCGUGGGGUGAGAUCGUGAUAUUCGAGGGUCCAGAAAAUGGACUGCAAGCGUACAGAGCAACGGACGGGGAGAGACUUGAGCCCCUACCUCCAUUGCCAGCGGAUUUGGAGCCUGGGACGCCGCAUCAGGCCGUGCUGCCAGGCGACGGCACCGUGAACCUGCUGUAUGUCCACCGUGACGGGCGAAUUCAUCAUCUCGUUGCAGCGAGCCCUGGACUCGGAGAAUGGAAAGACGAAGGCGUUUGCUUCACUUACCCAAGCGCCAAUCGCAGCGAACAGAUCGUCAGCUUCAUCGCCAUCCCACAGGAAGAUGGAUCCCUGGAAAUAUGUGCUCUGAUGUCGGGAGGCGCGCUGGUGAAAGUGAAGAGCAACGGGCAGAUUACUGAGCUGGGAACAGUCAAGCAGGGCCAGUUCACGGCUCAUACGAGCGAAGAGUGCGGCAUUGAGCUGAUACGAGGCAUCAAGAAAGGUAUCAAAGCCGUUGUAGGCGAGCUCAAAAAAUAG